AUGUAUUUCAUUUCGGCUGCCAUUGACUGGGCCGCGCCCGUCUUUCUCGUCACCUCGCCCCUGACAUCCUAUGCCGACCAAAUCGUGAGCAUCCAUCGCUCGAGGAGCUCGGCGGGGUUCUCAUUGGACAUUCCCCUGAUUAUGCUUGUUUCGUCGAUCUUGAAGGUUUUCUUUUGGUUUGGAGAGUACUAUUCAGUCACCUUGUUGACCCAGGCCGUCGUCAUGAUUGUGGUGCAGAUGACUAUGCUCAAGGUUGCAUUGGAUAACCGGCCUUCUCGCGGUGGCCCCAAUGGAAUUGAGCAUGCGCCUUUCAGUGGUGGCUCGGACAGCGGUUCGUCGAGGCCCUACGAAUUUUGGCAGUGGAAGAACACCAAGCCAUACUACAUGUUCCUGGCCUAUUUCGUCGGAGCCUUGACCCUUCUCCAUUUGAGCCCGAUCUCCCAAUUCGACGCCUACAUCAGCCUGUUGGGUUACAUCGGACUUGCGGUCGAGGCCACCCUUCCUAUCCCACAAAUCAUCGCCAACUACCAAUCCGGCUCGUGCAAGGGCUUCCGGGUCUCCGUCAUUGCGGCAUGGAUUCUCGGUGACACCAUGAAGAUGAGCUACUUCUUCUGCAGCACCGAAACCAUCCCAUGGGCCUUCAAGCUAUGCGGCAUGUUCCAGUGUGCGUGCGACUUCUACCUGGGCUUCCAGUUCUACAUGUUCUCUCGGAAUGCCUCGCAUACGACACACUCCCGAGGUCCCUCCCAGACUGCCGGCAGGUCGGAGCCAGAUGGUCGUUGGGGCCAUGAAGAAAAAGACAUUCGCAUGAACUAG